AUGCGUCUUCUUCAAUAUUCAUUCUUAUCUCCUCACCGUUGCACACGUUAUUUGUUCGCACCAGUUGAAUCAUAUUGUCAUCCAAAAGCUCUUCGUUAUCAUGGUGUAACUAUUAACGCCAGAUUUGCUUCGAAGGGCCCGCCACGUCAUGUUUUCGCUGACCCCUCGGUUGGUAUCGGCAGUCUCCCUUUGGCACCUGAGGAAACACAGGCUGAACGUGAAUUACUUGACUCGUUACCAGAAUUUCAAGAGGCAGCUCAGGUACUUUUGGGCCAAGGAGGAGAAAAGGCACGACUGCUGUCUAAUUAUAAGCGGGCCGAAAAGGUAUUGCCUAUGCUCCAGCGCACAGUCGAGAUCUGCCGCUCGACCAUGGGCUUUGAAAGUGUUUACCUACAGGCAGCUCUACGUCAUUUGGUAUCCACAUUAUUUAUGAAGGGCGACAUAAAUGAAGCCAAAAAAGUUAUGCAGGAACGAGGUGACGUCAUGCAAUGGCCAGUAUCUGAGCACGAGCGUAUGCUGCGUCUUCUGUUGCGCUCAAACUUGCCAAAGGAAGCGGAGAUCUGGUGUCAAAAGGAGGACUUUACGAAACUAUAUCCAAAAGACGACAUUGUGCCGCUCAAGUGGACGUUGUACGAAUUGAUUGGCGCUGAACUGAGUGGAGGGACAGAGCAACUGGCCAAGGCAGUGGAAGACCCGCUGUUUGUUCAGGCUGUCGAGACAUUGAGAGAAAAGAAGGAUGUUGUGCUGCAGCAUGAAAAAGCAAGCAAUGUGAAGGCAAGCGAAGUGCAACUAGGACGCGACAUUCCCUACUUAUUGGCACAGUAUGCGUCGUUAUCAGUGGCCAGCACGCAAGCAUUACAGAUCGAUCCAAAAGCAGACUCUAAGAAACCUAUGACUGAUGCUCAGCUGGUGAGUUUGAAUCAGGCUGAGGUCCUGUAUAAGGAGGCGUUGGCAUGGGUGGAGGAGACUGCUGCUGAGGGCAACAAGGAUGCUUUGCUGGCAUCUGGACCAAAUGCUCCUUUUGGAGCUUGGGUUACGACCAACCUUGCUGAGCUGCUACUUCGCAAAGAUAAGCCUGAGGAGGCUAUGGAGUGGUUGGGCAAGGCCAUGGACACGUUGCAGGCUGCGCAAAAUGGUAUUGGUGGCGGCGCUCUUGCAUUGACACGCGUGCUUGGACUGAUUGCGCGAGGUAGUCACGUAAUGGGUCAAGCCGUAACGAGUGAAGGGUUGUUUGUUACAGUCGUCGAGGCAUUCGAGCGUGAAGCUAAUCUGUCCUCGACCGAUUGUGUGGAGUUCGCCCGCGUGUUGCGUGCCUAUGGCGAUUUGUUGGCUAGCUGGGAGAAGCGCGAAGCUAGUGCAGCGAGGAGGUAUGAACAGGCUGAGCGUGUCGAGCAGGAUCUCGCUCGGAUGUGCCAAGCCAACCAAAGCGUUGCUGCGUUGCAUCCCAUAUUCUAUUUGCCGCUGUAA